AUGUCGAUAGAUAGGAUCAGGUGCGCAUCAUUCGCAGUCAGGCAAUGUGAUAUCCACGGGGAGUGUUGUGGUACUUUCCCAUGGGUAGGUAUGGGUAAGGGAAGAAGCGAAGGUGGAGGAGUGGGAAGAUCUGGAAACCAGAUGGAAGACCCAGAGGAUUGGACGGAAGAGGGAAAGAGAGAAAAGGGAAUAACUAGACAAGCCCCUGACGCGGUGACAGCUUUAGCCUUUACCAGCUCCAAGACGAAGAGGAGAAGUUGGGUCCGGGCCGUGGGGACUGAAGAGGCGGUCGACGACGAAGCGGGGGUUAAAAAGGUUCUGAACCGGAGGGACGGCCAGUGGAUGGAUGACAUGGACCAAAGGGUCGAAUUGUUUUUUCCCUUGGGAAUUGACGGCAGAUGCACGACAGAGAGAAUGGGGCAAGUAGGAGGAGUGGCAGAAAAGAAGGCAACAAUUGAGGCGACGCGAAAGAAAAGCCGGAGAAGCAAGCCUAGAGAGGCAAGAUUACCUAUUCAAACAGGACCUCAAGUUGAGUCUGAACUACCCAGUCACCAGUCACUUCCUCUAACUACUUUUCUACUAAACCCAAGCUACCAAGCGCCUAGUAAUAUUAACCCUCUCUGGCCAUUCGUUCCAGUCUCCGUAUUAGCCCGGCCGCUAAGGUAUCCGCGCGAAAUCGGACUCCGUAAUCGUCCUCUGGAACAAGAGUCAUUCAUACCGACUGAAUUCCGGACUUUACCUCCACUUGGGUCACUGAGAGAGGAAUGGUCGAGGAACGGAGACCCACCCUUUUCACCCAAGGAAUCCGAAAAGGAGGUUCAGGGAGUUUCCCAACUUACCAUACACGAGCGGCCCAAGGGGGAAAAGGAACCCUCGAAGGCGGAACCUGGCGGUUCUUGGUUCAUGGUACAUUGCCGAAAAGGUCAAGACGAAAACAUGGAAAUGCACAACAACACUAUCCCCGCGGCUAGAAUGGAGAAAUCUUGGGACAACGAUGGUUUAGGAACAUGCUUGCGGAGUCCAUACCGUAAGUAG